UCACCUAUCACUCAUAAGUAGCCUACCAAUAAGCUCCCUUGAGCGAUAGGCUACAGGGAUCACUUGUGGGCUCCCGUGAUUGUCAUAGACAAGGAUUUUUAACAAUAGCACCAUGGCAGCGGAGCUCUCCUCAUCCAUCAACAUCAAGGAGCCACGGUGGGACCAGGGCACCUUUGUCGGGAGGGCCAAACACUUCUUUACCGUCACAGAUCCCCGGAACAUCCUUCUAUCCAAUGAUCAACUGGAAAAGGCUCGCGUGAUUAUCCAUAACUACAAACAAGGGAUUGUCACUCCAGGUCUGACAGAGGAUGAGCUAUGGAAAGCCAAGUACAUUUUUGACUCUGCGUUUCACCCGGACACAGGAGAGAAGAUGAUUCUGAUUGGCCGAAUGUCCGCUCAGGUCCCAAUGAACAUGACCAUCACCGGUUGCAUGAUGACAUUCUACCAAACAACUCCAGCUGUGGUGUUCUGGCAGUGGAUCAAUCAGUCCUUCAAUGCAAUAGUGAACUACACCAAUAGGAGCGGAGAUGCUCCCAUUACGGUUAAUCAGCUUGGAACAGCCUAUGUGUCUGCAACUACUGGGGCGGUUGUCACUGCUUUAGGACUUAAUGCUCUAUCAAAGCGUAUCUCCCCAUUGGUGGGGCGGUUUGUGCCUUUUGCUGCUGUGGCCGCUGCUAACUGUAUCAACAUCCCUCUUAUGAGGCAACGAGAGCUGAAACAUGGCAUUCCAAUCACAGACGAGAAUGACAACAGACUAGGAGAGUCCACGAACGCCGCCCAACAGGCAAUCACACAAGUUGUGAUCUCUAGAAUUCUUAUGGCAUCUCCUGGAAUGGCAAUCCCACCAUUCCUAAUGAACACAUUGGAGAAGAAAGCUUUCCUGAAGAGGCUCCCAUGGAUGAAUGCUCCUAUUCAAGUGGGCCUGGUGGGAUUUUGCCUGGUGUUUGCCACUCCACUGUGCUGUGCACUGUUUCCUCAGAAGAGCUCGAUGUCCGUGAGCCGCCUGGAGCCCGAGUUGCAGGAGAAGAUCCGCGCCAGCCACCCCGGGGUGGAGAGAGUCUACUUCAACAAAGGGCUAUGAAGGGGGAAGAGAGGCCCCUCCGCCAACAUCAUCACUGCACUGCCAUAACAAUCCAGUUCAAUGCCAGUCAUCUCUGCUAGUUGCCAAAGUUACAUUUUCAGUUUUUGUUCCCUCUUUCCCAUCUUGGUUUUUUUUUUUUUUUUUUUUUUUGGUUUCAAUUUUUUUGUUCACAUUCCAUGUAACCAUGGCAACUACCCCCAUCCCUUGCCCCACACACGCACAUUUCAACCAUCCUAUGCUAAGCUUUUUGACUGGUGUUUGAUUUUUUUUAAUUGUGGAAAAUGAAUUUAAUUUCUAGGUUGGGCUAGUUUUUAGGGAGGAACUGCGUGAGAGGUGCUGAUUUGAUUUAGAUCUUGGUAUUCUCACACGCUUUUAGUUUUUUUUUAAUCUCUUGUUAAUCGUGUUUGCUGCCAAAAUGUUUCCAUGUGCCAUACAAUAUCAUGUAAGAUGAAGAACAAAUAGCCAGAGGUAAUAUUCAGAUGUUAUUCUCAUUUGUUUGCUUGAUUACGUGUCGUUGCAAAAAUCAGUAUUCAAUCUAUCAAAGAAAAGCUGCUCCUGCUUUCAGUUUGAACCAAACCAUAAUCACCUCAAACAAAGUUUAUCGGUACCUCUAAUUUUAAGACUGUGCAAUACCACAUAAUCACAAGGUCUUACAGUUUAUAUAGAUUACAUUUUCAAGGUGUAAGAUCACUUCGAAAUAAAGAUGAACAUCUUACACAAUCUCUCCAUAACAACUUAAUGAAUGGACCCUUGAUCUACAGCGAUCUGAUGAUGAUGGCAAUAUUAAUUUGAAUAUUACUGGUGCUUUGCAAAUGCAAAAUCUAAAACAUGUAUGUAUGUAUUUCCAUAGUCCAGCAAAAAAUAACACUAUAUGGAUACUGCUAGUAUUCUGCUUGCCAACCAUGCAUGAACAAAACAAAUAUAUGUAUUGAUUUUAAGCAGAUUGGAGGAAAAUGUUAUAUAAGGUCAUAUUUCAAAGUCUGUAUGUCCUGACUGAAAGUCCAAGGCCAAACCAGCGACUAUGUUAGGACAACAUGUAUGGAUCUUUGAGCUGAGUUCUAGACCAAACCAGCAGCCAUAUUAGGACAACAUGUAUGGAUCUUUGAGCUGAGUUCUAGACCAAACCAGCAGCCAUAUUAAGACAACAUGUAUGGAUAUUUGAGCUGAGUUUUAGUGGGCAAAGUCCCUGUGUGUUCAUUGUAUGUUUUCUCAAUGAAAACAGGUUAUAGUUUAAAGACACAAACAUGAGGGUUUUAUCUGCCAGGUCAGCCCAUGUGUAUCCAAAUAUUCAUCAAGUCUAGGUUGACUACAUGCUUGCAUGUUUGUUUGUUUGUUUAUUUGCCUGUAUCCGUUAAUGAAAAGCACAUGGACAGUCCUGGCCCACUCAAAGAGGAGCCUAGUGUGGUUGAAAGAUGACAUCUCACUUCUGGAAAACUUCAGUUUCACAACCACCUCAGUGCUGCUGUUAGACUUCGGAAAAUGUUUCACAUCCUGUGUGUUGAAAUGUAUACUUUUGACUCUUGUCAUGAUGAAUGAGAUAAUUGUUCUGUGGUUGGUAAAGAGGUUGUAUUGCUAGACUUAAACUGCUGUAUUCUCUAUUGUUGUACUCCCUCUGAAGUGUUAUUUAAGAUUAGAUCCAUUGUCCUGGUAUGAAAAUACUGUAAAAGAUCUUUCCAUAUAUAAGAAUAUUUGUGCUAUUCUGUACAUCAUAUCAUUUCUCAGAAAGAUUUAUUUUCCAUGCAAGGGUCUGUCUUUAAGACGUCUUAGUGUAUGUUUGUAAACAUGAGUUUUUGAUAUGUUGUGUCUCCUCUGAACAUUCCAUUUGAUUGAUAAUAUAGGGUCCUUUUUUACGUCACAUAUAGUGAUUGUGUUUUACAUAUAUAUUUACUUAUAUAUUGUUUAUAUAUAAGUAAUAUAUAUUUUCAGGUUUUAAUGUAUGUUAUAAUCUAGCCUACAUUUACAACUACAGGUGGAUAUCGGGGAUAUAGUUGACAAUACGUUGGUGUUCUGAAAUCAUACGUACAGAGAUUAUAUCAAAUUAAUGUCUAAAUGUCUUCAUGGUUAUUGAACGUAGCCUUUGCUUUUUUGUACUCAAAAUGGGGACGCCUCUUAUGUGGUUAUAUUACCAACAACUGUGAAGAUACCAUGUUUGAAAUUGCAUGCCAUGGGACUGAAUGCACAAAAUAGACCUAUCUUGCAGCAGUGUCCCUCCUUCUCAAAGUUCGUACCUUUUGCAUAUAGUACGUAUCCAUGGGGAACAGUAGCACAAUCUUAUCCAGAUGGAUACAAAUGCCACAAACAGUCAUUAAAAGCACAGCAGAGUUUAGUACACUUCUGCCAUUGUUUUAGGUAAACUCAGUAAGUGUUUCUUAAGAUCAUAACUUUAGUCGUUGAGAUAAAGGGUAACCAGCUCUCCAGAACAAGUGUAUAAUUUCAUGUGUUAGUGCUCUACUUUUAAAGUGCCAAAAUUCUCACUGCAAUGUAUAUUAUUUGCCAAAGUAACAUAUCUAUUCAAGAUAUGUUACAAAAAGGACAGUUUACGACUAUGUAAACAGGUUAUUUUUUUGCGAGGGAAAGUAUUUUGAAAUGGCAAUUGCUUUACAGUCAAUGGGGAUGUUGUGCUGUGUUGAAGUACCUAGAUGAAAUAAAAAUAUAUCAGAAAUCUG